UGUUGGAAGCAGCUGGAAAAGGUAGACGUUUGCUCUGAAACUUGUGUAAAAUUUGUAAAUUUGUGAUAAAAUAUAAAUUGUUGAAAAAAAUAAAUUCGUCGGAAACAAUUUAAGUGCACAAUUUAUAAAAGAAAUACGAUGGAAAAUCAAAGCAACGCAGCUCCCGCUGCCGCCGCCGCGGAGAAUGGCGCUGGUGCUGCGCAAGAAGUAUCAUCGACAACUCAGCCCGUGGAGCCAACAAAGCGCUCCCUACGUGUGCAAACCUGGAAGAAGAUCCAGGAAGAUAAGGUGGGAAUCGGUUUCAAUGGAAUAUUCAACCGCAUUCCUGCAUUUGUCGAUGCCGACAAGGCUGCAGCAUUGUUCAUUCAGGAGGAGGAGUUUAAGAAAGCACAGCACAUCAAAGUGAACAUCGAUCGCGCAUUGCAUGAUUUUAAGGAACAGUCGCUACUGGCUGAUAAAGCAGUUUAUUUGCCAAGCACACGGGAUUCGUCCGCACUGUGCCUUAAGGUUGAUGUGCCAGCCGAUGCCACCGACGAGCAGAAGAAGGAAUCGUUGCGCGUCCAGGAUAUAUCGAAAUUCCGCACGGAAGUUGGACUGGAUAGCAAGAUGAAGCUCGAUUUGGUCGUGAUUGGCUCGGUAGUAGUUUCACGUGAUGGCUACCGCAUUGGACGCGGCAAUGGAUUUGCCGAUUUAGACAUUGGCCUGCUUGUUGAGCUGGGCAUGAUUACACCAGAGACUACUAUUGUGACAAUUGUUCACGAUGUUCAGGUGGUCGAUACACUGCCCGUAAAUCUCUUCCAGAAGUACGAUACACCAGUGGACAUUAUUGUAACGCCCACCGAAGUAAUUCGUGUGUCCAAGCGCUUGCCACGUCCCAAUGGUGUGUUCUGGGAACUAUUGUCCGAUCGUCGCUUGAAAAUCUUACCUGUGCUCCAGCUGUUGAAGGAGAAGCUGGAAAAAGAGGGCAAGACCAUAGCCAUGAAGGAGGAAGAUACGGAUGUUGAACAGCAUCAGCAAAACAACAGGCGCCGUCGUGGACCGCUGCGUCGUCGCUUCCAACGAGGAAACCCAGGACGCACAACCUCACAGACUGACAACGAACAGCAAAACGAUAAUGCGCAGAAGCGCGCACCACGUCGUAAGAAUCGCUUUGCCAAUCGCCGCAGACGCACAAACAAGUCUGAGGGCGAUCAGUCUGGAGUCGAGGCUGGUGUCAAGAGUGAGGAUCGCAAUUACAAUGAGGGCGGUGCUGGCGAGCGCCGUUCGAAGAAGAAGAAUCGCCCACCACGUGACUUCUGUGUUAAAUUGACAAACCUGACACGCGACAUUCGCGUCAAGGAUCUGAAAACAGAACUUCGCAAGCGUGAAUGUAACCCAUUGGCGAUUACAUGGAAAGGUCACUUUGGAAAAUGCUUUUUGCACUUUGGCAAUCGCAAUGGUCAUCCCAGUACCCAAGAGGAUAUCGACAAGGUGCUGAAGUCGCUGAACGAUCUCUCGCUGACGAUCACCUCCGGUGGCGAGUCAGCCCCGGCUGCUGGCGCCGAGGAGCCUCCAGUUGAGAACGCCAAUGCACCAGUGCAAACGAAAACAAUUAACGUCAACGUAGAGUUACUUAAAUCCAAUAAGAUCGCAGCCGGUGGUGAACGUGCUGUGAACGGCGCGACUGACAAUGCUGAUGCUGGCGCCGGAGAGGGUGGUGCUGCACGUAUUGAGUCUGUGGAUACUACCACAGUAUAGUAUGAUCAAGCCUGUAGUGCAGUCGCCGCCAAACGGCCCAGGCGGAUGUCCGCCAAAUGUGCCACGUGUGGAGUUCAACGAAAAAGAGUAACAUUUUGUUUAAAAACAACCGUAAUUAACACACACACACACAAAAAGCAAACAGAAUAAGACCCAAGUGAGCUCCAAAACGUGACAACACAUACACAUACAUAAAACACACACACACACACACAAACAAACAAACAAAGAAAACUCAUACACAACACGCCAAUGUUAUAAUUUUUACAGCUUGUAGUUUCUUCUUCUCAUUCAAUUCUAACAGAAAAUUUAAAAAUCAAAUUUUAACAACACACAGCUCUUUGACGCUUUCUCUAAACAAUUGCAUUUGUUUUUGUCUUAAAGAAAAUACAUAGUACGAACUAUUAGUAAAACGCAAAAGGAAAAUCUUUAUGAAAUACUCAUCUAAAACUUCCAAAAUCUACGCCUACACACAUUUAUCAUCAUUCUUUGAUAGCUUGUUCUUCUGCCUACGGGCAAGUCAAUAUUUGAAUAUAAAUUUUACGAUUUUCUACACAUUUUCUCUAAACUUUGACACACUGUCUCCCGACCAUCUCGUCCGUGUUGUAUGUUCGUCUCGACAUCAGUUGAGCUGCUCUGUCCUGCGACUUACAGCUGCGAGCUGCUCUGGAGCAUUUGUGUAAGGAAUGUUAGUAUUCGUAAAUUAAAAAUAAUCGCAAAAAAAAACUUAAAA